UGCUCCUCCUCCUCCCUCCCUCCCUCAGGUGCGGAGAACCAGGGAGGCGACUGAGGAGGCCCUUUGGUAGCCCCUAAGGCUAGUAGUGGAGGAAGAUGAGGAGCUGAGAGGUGCCGCCCCACCCCGGCCUUCCUCCUCCUCCUCCUCCUCCUCCAUUUCUUCUCCUUCUCCUCCUUCAUCUGGGAGGCUGCGAUGGCGAAGCACCGCAAAGAGAGGAACAGCUGGGGUGGAUUUUCAGAGAAGAAUUACGAGUGGAGCUCUGAGGAGGAGGAGUCGGAUGGCAAGGCCCGCCCGGUGCAGGUGCUGAUCGUGAAAGAUGACCACUCUUUUGAACUUGACGAAGCCGCCCUCAACCGCAUCCUACUCUCCGAAGCUGUCCGGGAUAAAGAGGUGGUCGCUGUCUCUGUGGCUGGAGCCUUCCGGAAGGGGAAGUCCUUCCUGAUGGACUUCAUGCUGAGAUAUAUGUACAACAUGGAGUCAGUCGACUGGGUCGGGGAUUAUAAUGAGCCGCUGACAGGUUUCUCCUGGAGAGGAGGGUCGGAGCGAGAGACAACGGGCAUCCAGAUUUGGAGCGAAGUCUUCCUGGUGGACAAGCCAGACGGAAACAGGGUGGCAGUGCUGCUCAUGGACACUCAGGGGACCUUUGACAGCCAGUCGACGCUACGCGAUUCAGCCACCGUCUUUGCGCUCAGCACCAUGAUCAGCUCCAUCCAGGUGUACAAUUUGUCACAGAACGUACAAGAAGACGACCUCCAACACUUGCAGCUCUUCACGGAAUAUGGGAGACUGGCCAUGGAGGAGACCUUCCUGAAGCCCUUUCAAUCCCUUAUCUUCCUUGUUCGCGACUGGAGUUUUCCCUAUGAAUUUUCCUACGGGGCUGAAGGGGGUGCCAAGUUUUUGGAAAAGCGUCUCAAGGUCUCAGGAAAUCAGCAUGAAGAGCUGCAGAACGUCCGCAAACACAUCCAUUCCUGUUUCACCAACAUCUCCUGCUUCCUCUUACCUCACCCGGGCUUAAAAGUUGCCACCAAUCCAAACUUUGAUGGGAAGCUCAAAGAAAUAGAUGAAGAUUUCAUCAAAAACUUGAAGGUGCUGAUCCCAUGGCUUCUCAGCCCCCAAAGCCUGGAUGUCAAGGAGAUCAAUGGGAACAACAUCACCUGCCGAGGCCUUGUAGAAUAUUUUAAGGCCUACAUAAAGAUUUACCAAGGAGAAGAGCUCCCUCAUCCCAAAUCAAUGUUGCAGGCUACAGCAGAAGCAAACAAUCUGGCAGCUGUUGCUACGGCUAAAGAUACUUACAACAAAAGAAUGGAAGAGGUGUGUGGGGGUGACAAGCCCUUCCUGGCACCCAGUGACCUCCAGAGCAAACACCUGGAGCUCAAGGAGGAGGCUGUGCGACAGUUUCGGGGCGUGAAGAAGAUGGGGGGAGAGGAGUUUAGCCGGCGCUACCUCCAGCAACUGGAGGCGGAAAUUGAUGAGCUGUACGUCCAAUACAUCAAGCACAAUGACAGCAAGAACAUCUUCCAUGCUGCCCGCACGCCUGCCACACUCUUCGUGGUGAUCUUCAUCACCUACGUCAUCGCAGGCAUCACUGGCUUCAUCGGCUUGGACAUCAUUGCCAGCCUGUGCAACAUGAUCAUGGGCCUCACCCUGAUCACGCUCUGCACGUGGGCAUACAUUAGGUACUCUGGGGAGUACAGAGAGCUAGGUGCCGUCAUAGACCAAGUGGCCGCAGCCCUCUGGGACCAGGGAAACACAAAUGAGGCUUUGUACAAACUUUACAGCGCAGCUGCCACCCACAGACAUUUGUACCAUCACGCUUUCCCCACAGCACAGAAGACGGAGCCCACCGAAGGCACGGAAAAAAAGACCCUGUGAAUCCACGGCAAGCGUUCCAUGGAGAUGCAUGAGACACACAUCAUUAAACAUGUUAAUCGUUUUUGCAUCCAUGUGCCAGCCUCUGACACUCCUCAAAAUGGAAGGCAAACGAUAACCCAUUCAUGUGUACCAAUGGCUUAAGUGUGGCUGCUUUAAUUUGGAUAAUUCCUUGCUUGAGGGGUGGGCGGGCGGAUGAUUCAGCAUGGCUGUCCUUUCUCUUAAGAAGACUGUGACUUUUAAUUUUGCUGCACACCAAGGACUCUUUGGUUCUCCAGAAAUUCCCUCAUUGCAGGACUUGGAAAGGCUCAGUGCCAGAGAAGAGGGCUACAUCCAGCUCUGGGUAGGGCUGCCCUCUUCUAACCACAGGGGCUCAAUUGCCUCAAAGCUGAGAGCUGCCCAUGGCUUCUGCUCCCCACGGCCUUCUCUGGAACCAAGUUCCACUCUCCUGCACACAACCACAGGUUUUUCUCAGCCGAAAACACAACCCUUAGCCGAGAGGGACCACGUCUUGUAACUUUGCGCACAAUGUUUUUUUUAAAAAAUUCUCACACAUCUUUCUUUCCUUCAUCCAGGCUGUGAAUGACACUUAUUCACUGUUAAAAAGAAAAAAGAUUGCCUUCGCAGAAGCUGCAAAGAAUGUUUCUUUUGCUAUGGUAUAUUGAAAGAGAUGGAAAAGUUCCUUUUUUGUACAUGUAUUUGAAAGUUUCACUGUAUAUAUUUUUGUUCAGUGCAUAAGAGUGUGCCUAGUUUUUAUUAUUUUAUUGUCAAUUAAAAGUUUGGUUCCUACGA